AUGAAAGCCUCAGUUGUCGUCGUCUGGUUGUUGCAACUGUCAACUUCAGUUCUCGCUUUCACUUCGUCUUCAAGAACCAAUCGAACUGACCGCUUGAUCCUCAGCAUGAACGAGUCGCAAAACGAACCACCUUGUGCUGGCACCCAUCCAUUCAACUCUUUACCCGGCGACCCUUCACUUCUUCUGGUCACAAAUGUUGAUUUGGGAGACAAGAAGAUGGAGAUCAUGAAAGCAUGCUCCAAAAUUAUCUGCCAGCAUACUGGAAAGCCAGAAAGUUACAUAGCUGUCAGCAUCAACGACAAUGCAAGUGUAAUCUUCGGAGGAACAGAUGCACCAACAGCACUUGGAAACUUAUACUCGAUUGGAUCUAUUGCAAUGGAAUCUAAUGGAAAGAUUACAUCUGACGUUACUGACUUGCUUGAGCCAUGGGACAUUUCUGAGGACCGCAUAUACAUCAAUUUUCAUGAUAUGCCAAGGGCUAAUGUUGGUUGGAGCAGGCGAACGUUUGCUGGAUAG